UUUUUUUUCCAGCGCUCUUUAACCCUUUCUAUAUUCGUGUUUCUUUCUUUUUUUACUUUGUUUGGUUUAAAAAAAGUCACUUUAUUAAAUAUCAAUAAUGGACGAAUCACUUUAUGACGAAUUUGGUAACUAUCUUGGACCUGAACUUGAGGAUGAAGAUGACUUGGAAUAUGAAGAAGAACAAAUAGAAGAAGAAGAACAACCAAUGGAAACUGAUGAAUAUGAUCAACAAAACGAUAAUGAAGAUGAAGAAAUGGUAGAACAAAAUGCUUUAAUGCGAGUAGAAGAUAUUCCUGCCAAUCAAGUUGUAUUACACGAAGAUAAAAAAUAUUAUCCCUCUGCAGAAGAAGUCUAUGGUACUGAUGUUGAAACCUUAGUACAAGAAGAAGAUACACAACCAUUAUCUGAACCUAUUGUUAAACCUGUGGAAAUACGUAAAUUCAUUGUAUCUGAAAAGAAUUUACCGGAAACUCGUUAUAGCAAAGAAUUUAUGAUGGAUAUGAUGAAUUUUCCUGAACUUACACGAAAUAUCGCUAUUGUUGGUCAUCUUCAUCACGGAAAAACGUCAUUCAUGGAUAUGCUUGUAUCAGAAACUCAUAACGUACCUAUCAACGUAGAUCAACCUGAACGAUAUACUGAUAUUCAUGUAUUAGAACGUGAAAGAGGAUUUAGUAUUAAGAGUAUGCCUAUGUCUUUAGUUAUGCAAGAUGUCAAUGAAAAAUCUUAUUUAUUAAAUGUGAUUGAUACUCCUGGUCAUACUGAUUUUAUUGAUGAAGUGGUGGCAGCUACUCGUUUGGCAGAUGGUGUUGUACUCAUAGUAGAUGUAGUGGAAGGCGUAAUGGUGAAUACAGAAAAGAUCAUUAAACAAUGUAUUCAUGAUGGAUUGGCCAUUACACUAGUUGUCAACAAAGUCGAUCGUUUGAUAUUGGAAUUAAAAUUACCUCCUAAUGAUGCUUACUUCAAAUUACGACAUACUAUUGAAGAAGUUAAUAAUGUGAUCAGAAAUACACCUGGUGGCGAAAAUAUUCGAUUAUCUCCUGAAUUAGGAAAUGUAUGCUUUGCAUCAAGUCAAACAGGAUGGUGCUUUAAUUUGAAAUCAUUUGCAAGAUUAUAUGCUGAUUCUUAUGAGGAUGAAAUCGAUUAUUUACAAUUUGCUCAACGUCUUUGGGGAAAUAUUUAUUAUAAUGAUGAAGAAGGUACUUUCCAUCGAAAAUCUCAAGGUAUCAACAGUAAACGUACUUUUGUACACUUUAUUUUGGAACCUCUAUACAAACUUUAUUCACAGGUGAUAGGUGAAGAACAAAAGGAACUUAAGAGAACACUACGAUCACUUGGUAUCUAUUUGAAGGAAAAGGAGUUCGGAUUGAAUGUCAAACCUUUGUUACGUUUGGUUCUUGCCCAAUUCUUUGGUCCUCCCACUGGAUUUGUGGAUUCCGUAGUAAAGCAUAUCCCCUCUCCUUCUGCAAACGCUGCACACAAAAUUGAACAAGUAUAUUCUGGUCCAUUGGAUGAUGUUACUGCAGAUGCAAUGCGCAAGUGUGAUCCUGAUGGUCCUUUGAUGAUUUAUAUUACCAAACUAUAUAAUAAUGAAGAUGCUACAGAUUUUGAUGCAUUUGGUCGUGUGUUUAGUGGUACAGUGAAAUCUGGUCAAAUGGUUCGUGUACUUGGUGAAGGAUAUUCUACUGAAGAUGAAGAAGAUAUGAUGGUACAAAGAGUGACUAAUACAUGGGUUUAUGAAUCAAGAUAUCGCAUGGAAGUGGAUGGUGUUCCUCCUGGUGGAUGGGUAUUAUUAGGUGGUGUUGACAGCUCUAUCUCAAAGACAGCAACAAUUGUAGAACAUAAAUCAAAAUUGGAUAAUUACAUUUUCCGACCUUUACGAUUCCCUACAGCAGCAGCAUUGAAAGUAGCAAUUGAACCUAUGAAUCCAUCAGAAUUACCCAAGAUGUUGGAUGGACUUCGAAAAAUCAACAAGAGUUAUCCUAUUGUUACCACCAAGGUAGAAGAAUCUGGUGAACAUAUCAUUUUGGGUACAGGUGAAAUGUAUUUGGAUUGUGUACUUCAUGAUUUAAGACGUAUGUAUGCUGAAGUGGAACUCAAGGUGGCUGAUCCUGUGGUUCGAUUCUGUGAAACGGUGGUGGAAACUUCUGCACUCAAAUGUUUUGCUGAAACUCCUAAUAAAAAGAACAAACUCACUUUUAUUUCAGAACCAUUAGAAAAAGGAUUAGCAGAAGAUAUUGAAAUGGGCAAAAUUAAUCUUCGUUGGCCAGCCAAACAAUUAGGAGGAUAUUUGGAAAAGAACUAUGGAUGGGAUGUUUUGGCAGCAAGAUCAAUAUGGGCAUUUGGACCGGAUGAUAUGGGACCUAACGUCUUAAUGGAUGAUACUUUACCUUCAGAAGUGGAUAAGAAAUUAUUAUAUUCUGUCAAAGAUUCUAUUCGUCAAGGUUUCCAAUGGGGUACUCGUGAAGGACCAUUAUGUGAUGAACCCAUUCGAGGUGUGAAAUUCAAGAUCAUUGAUGCAGUUUUAGCCAAUGAACCUAUUCAUCGUGGUGGCGGACAAAUCAUUCCUACAGCACGACGUGUAUGUUAUUCAUCAUUUUUGACAGCAACGCCAAGAUUGAUGGAACCUGUGAAUUAUGUGGAAAUUCAAGCACCAGCAGAUUGUGUGUCAUCAGUAUAUGCAGUUUUACAACGACGUCGUGGUCAUGUGACACAAGAUAUCCCAAAAUCAGGUUCCCCAUUAUAUACUGUCAAGGCUUAUAUUCCUCUGAUUGACUCUUGUGGUUUUGAAACAGAUCUACGAACACAUACGCAAGGCCAAGCUUUCUGUCAACAAAUCUUUGAUCAUUGGCAAAUUGUACCUGGUGAUCCUUUAGAUCAAUCUAUUGUGUUACGACCUUUGGAAACAAGCUCUGGGCAACACUUGGCUAGGGACUUUAUGGUUAAAACUCGAAGAAGAAAGGGAUUAUCUGAAGAUGUCAGUAUCAACAAAUACUUUGAUGACCCCAUGUUAUUAGCUUUAGCUCAAAGUGAUCUUCUAGGUAGUGCAGUUUCGAUGGACUAGGAUAGAUUCUUUAUAGUCAUUUUAGAUGUUUUAUAUAUGUUUGAAAUAUAUAUAUAUAUUAGGUUUGAAAAAUAGUAUCAAUAAAUGUGUACGACUUUUUUUUUUUAUUAUUAUUAUUAU